UUGCCUGAUGAAGCAGAAAAACGCCUCGGGUGUCACAAAAGAGGAACGACCAAAUCUCGGGCCUGGACAGGGAUAUUCUCUCCGAGUCGAGUCCUACAACGGAACGGGUGAAGAGACCUGUCCAAGUCAGUGGUACUGUUGUGUCAAGAGCCCGCCGACCUUUGUUGAUCGGAGCCCACCUACCAGGGGAAAUAACCUCGGCGACGAGUGGGGAAGCGAGACACCCAGAAUCGAGAUGCAACGGGAGAGAGGAGGCUGGUGUUGAACGGAUGCGGCAACUUGCGACGCCCUGUGCUGCGGCCAACACAGGGCAUGUGCGCACAACAUGCUCGAGGGCGCAGGUGUAAACAGAACGAUCGAGCAGGAGGGCAUCGUGCCACGUGUGAUUCCAACGCGCCGCACUCACGAUCGACCGCGGAGAGUACAACUAGAACCACACGGCGGCGGCGCCCCACAAAUCGGAGCAUUUUCCCAUGUUCCUGAUGUUGAUGUCGGACCGGAGUCGCGGACGAUCGCGCAGUUGGAGAAGCGUUCGUGCGCGCCCGCUCCGCUUACGCCGCCCGCCCACCACCCGCCUUUUCUCCCCUGUCUUACUGCCACGGAAGACGGCAGUCAUACACUACAACGAGCCAGGUGUCCCGCAGUCCCAACCAACGCCACGCCAGCCGCGUGGACUGAAUUCACACCCAGCCAGGCCCAAACCCUCCACUCCACACAGCCGCCGGCCCCAGCCCGGCGAACCGAACAUGAGACUGCGCAACCAAGCCACAGCAGUCCGAGCUCCGGCUUUCGGAAAGGCAGCGAGCUGCAAGCAGCCGAAAUCUCUCGUCGUGUGGCCCCAUAUGCAGCAGACACAAGAUCUAGUGUCACCACAACAUGUCGGGGUCCGCGACAAGACGUUAUCCGAGACACGCUGGGAGCGGGCGAUGCGCCACUCUGAUCUCUCCCAUUUCACAUCUUGCCAGGAGGAAGGGGCACGGGAGGGGGCACAACUGGCUGGCCACAAACACACGGUCCGGAGGAAAAGAGUGAGAGAAACCCUGGAGAGCAGGCCUGGCAUGAGCCAGUAAAUUCGUUCAUCUCGCACAUGGAAGAAACGGAAGACACG